AUGAGCGAUCACGACGAUUAUGAUCGAGAUGAUGAGUCUUAUGCUAGAUCAUCUCGAGAAAGACGACGUAAUCAUAAUGAUGAUAACGGUAGCAGUCAUUCUCAUCGAUCAUCGAGCAAACGUCAUUCAAAAUCAAGUACAAAAGAUAUAUCAGGUAUUGGUAAAAAAGUAGCUGAAAAAAGUGGUGGCCUUUUUUCACCUGAAGAUUGGAUGUGUAAAAGUUGUGGAAAUAUUAAUUGGGCACGUCGAACAACUUGUAAUAUGUGUAAUAUGCCAAAAUUUCAAAAGGCUGAAGCACGAACAGGUGCUGGUGGUGGAUAUAAUGAACGUGAUAGUGUUGAAUAUAACGAACGUCAUGAUGAAUCAGAUGGCGAAUAUGAUGAAUUUGGACGUAAGAAAAAGAAAUUUCGUAGUAUAACAAAAGAUAAAGAUGAAAAAUCAAGUGAUAAAAAACGAAGUACAACUAAUCCGAAAUCUCGAUCAUUGGGAGAGAAUAAUGAUGAAGAAGGUGGUGGUGGUGGUGGUGGUAAUGAUGAUGAUGAAGAAGAAGAAGAUUUUGACGCUUCAAAAUAUGCAUUAGACACUGAUGAUGAUAGUGAUGAAAAUAAUAAAAAACAUCAAAAAGCAAGUUCAUCAAGUAGUAAUAAAAAAUCAUCUAGUAGUAGUAGUCAUGGAAGACGAAAUUCACGUUCUCGUUCAAAUUCUGCAUCAUCGGAUAGUCGUUCAUCAUCGCGUGAUGGUUAUCAUCGUUCAUCACAUGAUAAAAAAUCUAGCCGAUAUGAUAAAGCAUCUUCUUCAAAUACACAUAAACGUUCAAGUUCACCACGUAGUUCAAAACGAAGUGAUGAUUAUUAUGAACAACGACGAUCAAGAUCUCGUUCACCUGCGAAUACAUCAAGUCGAAAUCAACAAAAGAGUUAUCGUCAUUAG